UAUAGUUUUAUAUGUAAGCAGAACCUACAUCUUUUUUUCUCAGUAUGGUAGGAAGAGCUACUAACUGUUGUAGUUAUAGUGAUUUACUUAACAAGCUUUCUCCAAUUCUUUCCGACUCCAAGUUGAAGGAAAGUUGGAGUGCAGUUGAAAUUAAUUUAAGAUCCUUAGACAAAGCACGUUUGAGACGACAAGAUCUUUUGUUGGAAGUUUCGAAGGUUGAAAAAGAAAUGAACUGUCUUUUAAAGAUGGCAUCUAUAAGUUUAAAGGGUUUUGAGUCACUUAUUAAGGAGGAUAAAGUUAAGAAAGAUCUCUCUUGUUUGAUUAAAGAAAAGUGGAAACAUUUUAUGAACAUCAAACGCUGUUUACCCCAAACGCCGAGUCCUCUAUUAAAACUAGUGCUUGGUGAAAUAAAUGUCACUUUACCUCACCUUUCCGAUCGGUUUCGAUACAAGUCUAACUAUGAAAAUUUCAAGCUGAGAAUGAACAUUAUUGGAUUACUUUUUUCCUUACUAGCUAUAUUUAUAAAACUGCAUCGUUUUGCGGAGGCUCUUCUGCAGGCAGCGCAAAUGUGGUUUUACUUAACUUUAACUAUAAGAGAACACAUUCUUAUUGCUAACGGCUCUAAUAUACGUGUCUGGUGGCUUCUGCACCACUAUGGAACGGUGGCGACCGUUGGCCUUCUCUUAACGUGGCCGGAGGGCUUCUACUACAGGCAGUUUUCUUAUCUGUUUCACAUUUUUUCGAGCUAUGUGGCCGUCGUGCAUGUCUUGCAGUUCCAGUAUCAGACCAAAGGCUUGUACCGACUACGCGCGCUCGGAAAGGCGGACGCAAUGGACAUUACAGUCGAAGACGUCCGCUUAAAGGACUUGAAGGGCGCUCUUUCUCUACUUCUGCCAUUUUUAUUGGUUGCCCAGCUUUGGCAGAUUUUUCUUGGUUAUGAACUAUUUCAAUUCUUCAAGGAAGGCUGUACGGACUGGCAGGUGCCAUAUCUCUCUUUUUGCUCUUUUUUUCUUGGGCUUGGUAACAUUUAUGCAACCUCCGCCACAGCUUGUUCCAAAUUUUUAAGGCUUCGUUAUUUGGCUCGAGCGCAGUCCUCCUAG